UUCGCAAAGAGAUAGAAAUAGAUCACAAAUGCAAGACAUUGUCGGAUCAGUUCGCCGAUCACUGGUAUUCCGUGCAUCGCCGGAGAACGACCAACCCUCGCUCGGAGUUGGAGGAACCCUAGUUGAUAAAAUCGGUUAUUGCAUCCGCAAUUCUAGAGUCUUCUCCAAACCCUCGCUGCCGUCUCCGCCCAUCUCCAAGGACGCUGCGCCUCUGAUCCGAUGGCGCAAGGGCGAGUUGAUCGGUUACGGUGCCUUUGGCCAAGUAUACGUUGGAAUGAAUCUUGAUUCCGGAGAGCUUCUAGCAGUUAAACAGGUUUUGAUUGCGUCCAGUAGUGCGUCGAAGGAGAAGGCACAGGCUCACGUAAAAGAGCUUGAGGAUGAAGUUAAAUUACUUAAAGAUCUUUCACAUCCCAACAUUGUUAGAUAUUUGGGUACUGUCAGAGAAGAAGACACCUUAAAUAUUUUCCUAGAGUUUGUUUCUGGUGGAUCCAUAUCAUCACUACUGGGGAAGUUUGGAGCUUUCCCUGAGGCUGUCAUUAGAACUUACACGAAGCAAUUACUAAUUGGACUGGAGUACUUGCACAAAAAUGGAAUAAUGCACAGAGACAUUAAGGGGGCCAAUAUUCUUGUAGAUAAUUUGGGGUGCAUAAAACUUGCAGAUUUUGGGGCAUCCAAACAGGUCGUUGAGCUGGCUACCAUUUCCGGUGCCAAGUCUAUGAAGGGUACUCCAUAUUGGAUGGCUCCUGAAGUUAUUCUCCAGACUGGGCAUAGCUUCUCUGCUGACAUAUGGAGCGUGGGUUGUACUGUAAUUGAGAUGGCCACGGGAAAGCCUCCCUGGAGCCAGCAAUACCAACAAGAGGUUGCUGCUCUCUUCCAUAUAGGGACAACCAAGUCUCAUCCGCCAAUCCCUGAUCAUCUCUCCAUUGCAGCAAAAGAUUUUCUGCUAAAAUGUUUGCAGAAGGAACCAAUUUUGAGGCCAUCAGCGUCGGAAUUGCUGCAGCAUCCCUUUGUUACUGGUGAACCUAUGGAUUCUCUUCCUCUGUCAUCUACUGCCGUGGAAAAUUCUGGAGCUUCUUCACCAUCAUGCGCCCCAAAUGUUGAAUCCUUCCUUUGCCGCUCAACUGUAAAUCCUCAGGACUCGGGAAAUAAACAGUCGUGGGGAAUGAGCAAUGAUGAUGACAUGUGUGAGAUUGAUGACAAAGAAGAGUUCUCCGAGAGUGAUGUCAAAUACAAAUCAUUGAUGUCAGAUAAUAUUGAGAGUUUCAACCCGAUGUCUGACCCCUCUGAUGAUUGGGGCUGUAAAUUUGAUGCAAGUCCAGAACUGGAAAAUAGAGGAGUUAGUUUUGACACUGAUGAAACUUACAUGCCACCUGGUCAGUCGGGGGCUAAUAAGAGGCAGAGAGAAUUUUCCUUUCCAUGUGCGCCAUCUCUGUCAGAAGAAGAUGAUGAGCUCACAGAGUCAAAAAUUAAAGCGUUUUUGGAUGAGAAGGCUCUUGAACUGAAAAAACUGCAGACACCUUUAUAUGAAGAGUUUUACAACAGCUUAAAUACAUCUUGUUCUCCCAAUGUCAUUGAAAGCACAAGUGAUGACACUGCUGCUAGAAAAUACUUGAAAUUACCUCCUAAAAGCAGGUCACCAAGUCGGGUACCAAUUAGCACUCCGUCUAAAGCAGUUGACAAUGCUGGAAGUCCUGGAAGUAAUGGCAGGUCCUCAUCAACUGUUGGGAAUGUAAAUAACCAUGGUUCACAGGAUAUUCCAGCAUCUCCCCUUAAUGAAUGGAAAGGACUGACAGUUGACUCCCAACAGGAGCCCCGUAGCCCAAGUUUAAACUUUUCUGAAAGACAGAGGAAGUGGAAAGAAGAGCUCGACCAGGAGCUUGAGAGAAAACGAGAAAUGAUGCGCCAAGCUGGUAUGGGAGGAAAGACAUCUUCACCAAAGGAUCAAGCUUUUCGGCAGAGAGAGCGGACAAGAUUUGCUUCUCCCAGCUAAUAAGAUUGUGGGCAUAGCGUUCAUCCUGCCUUCGUGAAUGGAUCUUAUUAGCCACUGGGAUUGCAAACACGUGUUGCUGCAGUUUUGUUGGGUUAAUUAAUGUUAUAUAUAUAUAUAUAUAUAUCCGAUUUGGCCGUUCUGCUAUUUGACGUCAUAUGUCACAUGCUCAGCUUGUCCGUGUUGUUGUGCAAUGUAAAGCUUUUUCUACCGGAGUUGCUUGAAAAUUUUUACUUUUCGUUUGGGGUUGAUAGAUGAAUGCCCGUCUCAAGUUUAUGCCCUUUUGUAUUAUGAAAAUAGAAAUAAUCAGUCUUGGG